AUGGCCUCCUCCUCGAGUAGCGGAUUGACGUUCAAGCUGCAUCCUUUGGUAAUCGUAAACAUCUCCGACCAUUACACAAGGGUCAAGUCUCAGAUGAACCCAACGCUCGCACCACCGCACAACAACAACAACAAUAACAACAACAACGCAGCCGCACCCAACGGCGGCGACGGCGUCGUUUCGCCCCUCCCCCCGAGGGUCUAUGGCUGCGUCAUAGGCGUCCAGAAGGGCCGGACUGUCGAGAUUUUCAACAGCUUCGAACUUCUCUAUGAUCCUUCCACGCAUUCCCUUGAUCGCACCUUCCUCGAGAAGAAGCAAGAGCUCUAUAAGAAGGUGUUCCCACAUUUCUACAUACUGGGGUGGUAUUCGACUGGGAGUGACGCGGAGGAAUCCGACAUGCAUAUUCACAAAGCUUUGAUGGAUAUCAAUGAAAGUCCAGUUUAUGUUCUUCUCAAUCCUUCUAUCAAUCACUCUCAGAAGGAUCUCCCAGUCAGUAUUUAUGAAAGUGAACUGCAUGUCAUAGAUGGGAUUCCACAACUUAUCUUUGUUCUCUCAAGCUACACUAUUGAGACUGUUGAAGCAGAACGAAUAUCAGUUGAUCACGUUGCUCAUCUUAAGCCAUCUGAUGGUGGUUCAGCUGCUACACAAUUGGCUGCUCAUCUUACUGGUAUACACAGUGCCAUCAAAAUGCUUCAUAGCAGAAUAAAGGUGCUACAUCACUAUCUUCUAGCAAUGCAAAAAGGUGAUGUUCCUUGUGAGAAUUCACUAUUAAGACAAGUGUCAAGUCUCCUGAGAAGAUUGCCUGCUAUUGAGUCCGGGAAAUUUCAAGAUGAUUUCUUGAUGGAGUACAAUGAUACCUUGUUGAUUAGUUACCUGGCAAUGCUGACCAACUGCUCAAGUGGAAUGAAUGAGCUGGUGGACAAAUUUAAUACGGCGUAUGAUAGGCAUAGCAGAAGGGGUGGACGAACUGCUUUUAUGCACAGGUUAUUGAAGCUUAGUAUUGCUAUGAGAGAAUAG